GCAGCACAUCUGAAGAGAUCAUGGGCGCCGACGGUUGCUGCUGUGAGAAGCUCGAGGACAACCGCGUCGUGCGUCAGCAGCGCUGGCGCGAAGUCUGCGCCAAGUUCUACUACGAGCAGGACGAGGCGGCCAAGCGCGUGCUAGACUGCUUCGAAGCGAGCAAAGUGGACGAGAUCAGUAUUUCGACGGUGGAUGAUUCCGGAGAUGAUGCGCAGUUCAAUGAACUCGUGGAGCUGUUCGGGCUGCACAAGUGCAUGGUGCCUGGGCACGAGGACACUUCCAGCGAAAACAUUCAGAUGCUGGAGGUGGUGAAAAACGAAGUGCGCGCGGGGUAUCACAAUCACGUCUUCAAGAAAAGGUAUUCGGAGUUCGAUGCCAAAGCGAAGGAAACACAGGGCACCAAUUUUGAGCUUUGGACGGACGAUAGCGGACGACAGCAGUUGUCAGUGCGUGUGCAGCACGACUACAUGCGCUCAAUCGUGAAUCACACAAAGAUGAUGGAUCGUAUGGAGGUGUUCAUCGAAAAGCACGUCUCCAACGUGGGCUGCCAUCCGUUUCUGGCAGGGCUCCGUGCUGCGUUGCAGUGGAAUCUCGAGAGCUCCACCGUUGUGGCGUGGAAGAUUUCGGACUCGGUGUUCGUCGAAAGCGGCGAUUCCGAAUUCACCCACAACGCGCUCGCUCUGCUGGCGCUCGGACUGAACUUCAGUCACUGCGAAAGUACCGAUAACACCGACGGGAGCGUCAAGUCCCGGGAUUGGUAUCUUGACCCGUACAUCUCAGACACCGACAUUCGCCAGUUGAUGCGGCUCGUCCCCGCAGCCAGACGCCUGGA